AUGCGACAACACGUCAUAAAAGCGAAACCAGAAUUGCGUAAGAUAUGGAGCAGGUGGACAAAAGAGGAAGCUGUCAGGAGUCUUACAACUUUGUUUUGGCUGCGGGGACCCAAGAUCAACAACGACAGCCACAGUUUCAAGCAUACGGCUAGACAUAGCAAAUCGAGCCGUGUAGUUGCGAGAUUUGAACCACUUCAUCAGCUAUUGGGAAGCGAGCCUCAUCCACACAAAACCAAGCUCGUCUCCAAGGGCGACUCGACCUUUGGCGGAGGCCAUUAUUGUUUGAGGGCUGGCGUUACAUCUUCGGGGUUGGACUUGGCAUUGGAGGGAGCUCAUGAAUGUCUGGCGGAAAGUUGUUCUACGUUUGAACCCGAAUAG